UAUAGACACAGAAUAAAAAAAGAAAACAUUGCUGUAGUACCAGGGCUUUAUCAUUUGGUGUUAUCGGCAUUCCACAUCAUGACAUCAUGUAGUGCACUGGGAGUUAAACUGUUACUGCUCCAGUUCCAUAGGCUGUCGAUAUUUCCAGGUACAUGGUUCUCAGAAGAGAAGAACUACAUCUCCCAGAAGAUGUGACUGUUCCAUUUCCAUUUAGAGGGAUAGAUAAAACUGCUCACAACUCACGGAAUGGCCCCCUCCCCUUACUGCUCAUCUCCAGGCAUCUCGCCUUCAGCAUUAGAGCAAGGCCUUCGGUAUUGGACACUCUCUCUCUCUCAUUUUAUUUAUUAUCUUCAAUUCCAAUUAUAUUGUAUUAUGUUAUCUCAUAUUCCGCUAUCAUGUUUAGUAAAUCAGUUUUCCCCGUCAACUUGUUGCCACCUUUUUUUGAUUUCAGGCCUAUCUCCCUGCCUUUUUUCCCCAUCCCUCCUACCCCUUUCCCAGGCCAUGGGUCCGUGGAUCCUUCUGCCCCGAUUAGUUACAAAAUCGGGCUGAACUGUUAUUGUUUUUAUAGGUCCACUGGCCAGGAAAGAUACUUUUAGAACAAACUUCUCAGUACUUUCCAAGAAUUUGUUAGAGAGCUUAUCAGUACUGCAGGACUCGUACUGCAAACAAGGCCCUCAAGUCCUCGCCUUGGAACUGUUUCUGUUCAGGGACCUGGGACCACUUGGUGGGUAAUGCAGAAAAAUGGGGAUGUUCAGUGCGUACCACAAGGGAAUUUGACCUUGGGGGAAUGCAUACAGUAAUUCCAUGUAUUAAGAUAUGCGUGUGUAUUUAAUGUAUGUUAAUCACUGAUCGUAUACAUAAUAAGCAUGAGGUAUUAAUCCUUGGCCAAGUUGUUUUCCACAACUUUCUCAUUUUAGUAAGCGCUGUUGCACAAACCUUCUCUGGAACAUGGUAAGAGCAAGAAUUACAUUGCAAAUAUAUGUAACCCACCGCAUUUCAGCAGGAGGGUAGAUAUACUGUUUCUCUGGAAAAAAUUUUCAUUCGCACAUUGAAUGAGAAUCUGAAUGUCAGUUUUUAAGAGCUCAAUGAAAAACUCCAAAUAACACAAGGCACCAGUGACGUUCAGCGAACACAGGAGAAAUGAGAAACAAUCCCACAUUAUUCAAUGCAGUGAAAAGCUGUAGCAAGUGCACCUCUAAUAAACCUUCUGGCACCUCAGUCAGGAGGUCAGCAGAGCCACCUGUCCACUCAGUGCGGACGUGGCAACAUCAGCUGAACACCAACAGACCAGAAGUUACAUAUGAAGCAUUUAUUUCAUCACAUUUCACAAAUUAAGCAGGAUCAGGAUAGCAAUCCCUGACAUGCAUCAGGUAACCGCUGUAGGCCUGGUAAUGGAAGCAUAUGGGGUCUGUAGCAAGCAAACCCUGUGCAGUUACUGAACAAAACCAGCUGGGACUGCUUGGGGUUCUUGCAUAGGUGGCCAUAUUCAGGCAAAGUACACACACACACAUCCUAUUCAUUGGUAGUUAGUUAAUUUCACAGCACUUUGACAAGUGCAGACAGUUGCUCCAGUGGCUACUCAGCAUCUCAGUAAUGAAAGCCUAUUAGUAAUUCUAGUUUUCCACUCUAGUCAAAUGUGGUCCCUUUUGCUACCCUGCUCAAGCUAAUUAGCAGCCCUAUGCUGCUUCUGGAGUGGUUGGCUUUGCAGCAGACCAGACCAAUGCACAUUUAAAAUGGAAUAGAAAAUAUUAAAUGCAUCAGUGCUGCCAAUGUCAGGGAAAGCUUCACUAAACAGCAAUCAUGCAUGUGGGUAGAAUAGAAUCACAGAAUCAUUAAGGAGGGAAAAGACCUCUAAUAUCAUCUAGUCCAAGAGACAAAGGGAAGCAUGAACUUUUAUUGAAUGAUAAACCUUCACGAUGUAUGAGCCUGGGGCUGCCUGCCAUGGCCAGAGACACCCAAUGGGCCUGUGGGAAGACACGGCCCAGAUGCCAGUGAUUGGUGUGAAACACUGACACUGAGCACACGAGAUGGGGGGGGGAAUGGAGCUGGCAGCGGCGCUGGGGAAAGCCCAGGAACGUGUGCUGGGGCUGCGGUGCUGCUGGCACACAUGCAGCAGGUGAGGCCAGCACACGGUGAUGACCAAGCAAUGGAUGGCGACAUCGCUGUGGGACGGGCGGUGAUGUCACCCAGUGAAGGUGAGGACUGGCGACACGGCCAAGCCGUGGUUUGUGACGUCUCCGUGCGAUGCACUGUGACUGCCUGGCCCACGCUGCUUUAAUGCGGGCGCGGCAGCCCGGCCCAGCAGUUCGUGCCUGGCCUCCGACCGAGCGUGUGUGCGAGGACUGGAGUGUGGACAGGGCGAGCUUUGGAGCUGGAACGUGCUCUGGGUGCUGCUAGUGCAGCUCUCAGACGCCGUCUCAGAGCCAUUUGUGCCGUACCCCGACCCUGCUGGCAGCAGGCAGCCGGGACAUCGCGGAGAGGCGCGUGCAGCAGCGCAGUUUGUAACACCUUCUGCUUGCUGCAGCACCAGUGAGGGGAGCAGCUUCCCGACCUCAGCUCUCCCCAGCCCACCACACAGCCCGGGGCCAUGGACGUGGCAUCCGAAUGGAUCUGCCCCAUCUGCGGGCAAGUUCGGGAAGAUGUCACCUACGUGACCCCUUGCCAACACCAGCUGUGCUACGGCUGUGCCAUCUGGUGGGCAAACAGGAAGCCGAGUUGUGCCGUAUGCGGGCACGAAAUAACCACCAUCCGAUACUCGGUGAGGUCGGAUGACGACUACCUUGAGUGUGCUGUCCCGCAGCCCGCAGCGCACUCAGAUCAAGGCCUGCAGGACGAGCAGGGGCCUGCAGAGCCGGUGCUCAUCCCAUCCGAGCACAGCUUCCCAGCUGAGGUCUGGGCUGCAUUAUUCAGGGAACAUCCUGAAGACCUCGAACCCCUGCUCCAGUGGCUGCAGGAUGAGUUCCAGCAGGUGCCCAGCAAUAACUGGUGGGAAGUGGAAGAGGCACAGUGGACCACCAUGAACUUCCUCUGUGAGCAUGGGCUGGACGAGGAGGCCUUGGUACGGGAGCUGCAGCUGAUCACCAACAGCGACGUGCUGCCCUUCGUGAGAGGGCUCAUCAGCACCGCUGCAGCCCUGUACGGCCCCACGAUCCACUACGAGCUGGACCACCGGGACAGCCAUGCUGCUGGAGGACAGGAGGAGAGCCCUGCAGCCAGCGCCAUCACCAGCGCCUCCCAUCAGGAAAGAUACAAUGGCAUUGUACCAGGGGGUAAACCCCACAGUGGUAAGAAAUUUGCUGUUGGACCUCUCAUGCAAGAACAAAAAGUCCCUCAAGAGCCAAAGCUGUACCAGGAGUAG